CGUCCAAACUCUCCGCUUUCCACUCAUUCUUCGCGAGGUACUAGAAUCACUUGCCUCAUCGUGUUCUUCUCUCCAACAACAAAGGUCAGUAUGAAGACUCCAUACGCCAUAAAAUCAACGGAACGGCCGGUCACGCCGGAAAGCUCACUGCACGACCAUCGACACCUAACGAGGUCUCCGACUACCGUCCUGACGUCUGUCCCCACCUUCUCUGGGUGGGAGGAAGAGUUUGGUGUCUUUCUCAGGCAGCGGAAAUCGAGGAGAACGUCCGAGUCCGGUGACGACAGCGACUCUGGCAGCUCGACAUACGACAUGUCGCCCGUUAGAGAGACAUAUGGAGACGGACACUCGAAGAGACACACGGUGGCGCUCGCAGAGAAGCAAAAAACAGGUUUUUCAUCGAUCCGUUGUGCUGAAAACGGCGACUGGUCGAUAUACACGGAAAACUACCGGAACCGGUUGUCACCGGGCAGGCUAGAUACGGAAGAACAACAACAGGAAAGUCGGACAAGCUUGAAGAAGAGUCGUAGCAACCGCUCGUGGCUGCGCAUACGACACUUGAACCCGCCAUACCGAGCACAAAGCGGCUGCACGGACGAGGCGGGAAGCGACCGGAAGUCACAGUUGAUGCGUCUCUUCUCGCAAGGGUGGAGCUGAAGUUGAUGAUGAUGAUGGUGAUACCUUGCAGGAAAUCUAAGACAAUUGGCACUGCUAGAUUGUCAGUGUGACCGCGCCCUAUUUCUUCAUUUUUAUGUAGAGAACAUGGUAGGUAUAGUUCUUGUACAGUGAUAGACACUCUAGUGUGUUAAAAUUGACUUAGCAUUGUGCUUUGUAGAAAUUGUUAGUACAUUUGUGAAUACAACACAAAGUAUAUAUUUAGAAAUAGAGUUCUGUC